UUGUGCGCAGACAUUGUUAUCCUAGACAGACCUCCUCGACAGAUAGUGCACCUCUUAACGUAUACGGCGUACACACUGACGUUUUAAUUUCGCUUUCAACUUUUAAGCAAACCAUUAUGUGUACCUUUGGUAGCGUCCGGCCGACGUCAUUCCGGGGCGACGGCUACUGACGCCAGUCUGGCGCCUCGCUUUAUGCACAAAAUUAUAAGAGUGGAAGACCGUGUUAGGAUAUAGCGGUUUGGAUAAUGGAUGGAUGGAAGACCGUGGCAGAACUUUCAACGAGGUUAGAAAGAGCCUAAUUGCUGAGAGACAGACGAGUGAGAAAAGUCUGCUUUUUCUGUAAUGUUUAAAUGGAUGUGAAAGAGGAGACCUGUGAGGCUCAUAUGAGUAUCAUGGAGAACAUGACCAUAAAUGUUAAGGAGGAGGACUCUGAAUUGAAGUGUGCCUACCCUAAACAGGAGACCCUGGGCAUUAAGGUGGAGGACUGUGAAGUGGGGUCCAUAGGCAUUAAAGAAGAGGCUGAAGACAAUUGUGUCAGCAGAGCGACUGACAUCCAUACAAGUAUGAAGGGUGUCAAGGAAGAAGACCUUCAUUAUGGAUGUGAAAAUGUUUCACUUACUGGGUCAGUCUCCUCUCAAGAUUCUUCAUUUCUAGAGUCUUCUGUCAAUAUGAAGUCUGAAUCAUUACAGUCUGACAUAGAGGGAACUGAAAACAUUCAGUCUCUUAGAACAUGGGAACAUCUUCUACCACCUAUAAAGAACACUAGAAAAACUUUACAAGAUGAUGGCUUCUUCUUCUUAUCCUCAUUACCUCAGAUAUCUCUUCAAUACAGACAACAACAGACAAUAGAUGAUAAAAACAUGAAGAAACUGACAUCUGGAUCAGAGAGUGUGAUAUCAACCUCUUUGCAGGAUGAUUCUCUAGCAAUAGAAGGUGCAAUCAACACUCAAUUUGAAAUCCCCAAUUCAGACUCCACCACCAUCCAACAUGAGCAGAGAAAAAGUCUAAAAAGCAAAUCAAUAUCCAGAAAUACUAGUCUGAGUCAAACACAACAGACAGUGCAUCAGUGUUCUAAAUGUUUCAAAAAGUUCAAGCAGUUUGGCCAUCUCCUGAACCACACUAGAAUUCACAAUGGAGAGAAGCCAUAUUGCUGUCCAGAAUGUGACAAACAAUUUGUCACUAAAGCAAACCUUCAAAUCCACAGAAGAACUCACACUGGAGAGAAGUCCUAUUGCUGUUUAGAAAGUGGCAAACAAUACAUCACCAGCAACCACCUUCAGUCCCAGAGAAGAACACAAACUAGAGAUAAACCUUUUUGUUGUUCAGAAUGUGGCAAACAAUUCACCACCAAUAGUUACCUUCAAAGACACAAAAACAGUCAUGCUGGACAGAUGCCAUACUGCUGUUCAGAAUGUGGAGAAGGAUUUGUCAGGAAUGCCAUUCUUCAAGUCCACAGAAGAAUUCACACUGGAGAGAAGAAACAUUGUUGUUUUGAAUGUGGCAAAAGCUUUUCUCAAAAGAGUGUUCUUCAGACCCACACAAGAAUACAUACAGGAGAGAAGCCAUAUUGCUGUUCAGAAUGUGGCAAACGAUUCAUCACCAGCAGCCACCUUCAAUCUCACAGAAGAACUCACACUGGAGAGAAGCCUUAUUGUUGUGUAGAAUGUGGCAAACAAUUCACCACCAGCAGUUACCUUCAAAGACACACAACAAUUCAUGCUGGACAGAUGCCAUAUCACUGUUCAGAAUGUGGACAAGGAUUUACUGUCAGCAGCAGCCUUCAGAACCAUACAAAAAUUCACACCGGAGAUAAGCCAUAUUGUUGUUCUGAGUGUGGCAAACAAUUCUUCAAUAAAGCAAACCUUCAAGUCCACAUAAGAAUUCACACUGGAGAGAAGCCAUAUACUUGCUCAGAAUGUGGCAAAAAAUUUUCCCACCGUAGCACUCUUAUCACCCAUGCAAGGAUUCACACUGGUGAGAAACCAUUUUGCUGUUCAGAAUGUGGAAAAGGAUUCAUCAGCAUUAGCAAUCUUCAGGUACACAAAAUUACACACACCAGUGAGAAGCCAUAUUGCUCUGAAUGUGGCAAACAAUUCAGCAAUAAAAUAAACCUUCAAGUCCAUCGGCGAAUUCACACUGGAGAAAAGCCAUAUUGUUGUUCAGAAUGCGGAAAAUGCUUUUCUCGAAAGAGUGCACUUCAGAUCCACGCAAGGAUUCACACUGGAGAGAAGCCAUAUUGCUGUUCAGAAUGUGGAAAACGCUUUUCUCGAAAGAGUGCUCUUCAGAUCCACACAAGAAUUCACACUGGGGAGAAACCAUAUUGCUGUUCCGAUUGUGGAAAAGGAUUCAUCACCAAUGACAAUCUUCAAGUCCACAGAAGAACUCACACUGGACAGAAUAAAAAACAGAGAUAGUGCCGGAAUCAACAGAACUAAUGAUGGAAAAUUUUCAGGCCCAUCUUGACAUCCUACCAAUCACCUUAACUCCUUAUGAGUCGUAAAAAGAAGCACUACUCUUCUUCUUCUUCUUUGAUCCCUAGCUGACAUUGGGUCUGGAUCGGCUCCUGAGCCCAUACGCUUCUGUGGGUGCCAACGGUUGUCGGAUGUUCUUCACAACACGUUUCCAUGCAUGGCGAUCGUUAGCGAUUGUUCUGGACUCGUCGAGAUUUAUUCUGCAAUUUCUGAUGUCAUCUUUGACCUGUUUUAGCCAUGUUUUCUUUGGUGCCGUUCGUUGGAUUCGCCACUGGGUGGGUCAUUUAUGCCAGAGGAGUUGGUGUGGUAGUCGGCUCGCAUCCAUUCGACAUACAUGGCCAAACCAUCGCAGUUGACGUGUUUGAAUUUGUUUCUCGAUUGGUGGUAGGUUGUCACAUCUCCGUCGGAUGUCCUCAUUUCUAAGGCGGUCUCGGAGUGAUACUCGUAAUAUCUGCCGGAGGCAACGCAUCUGGCAAACUUCGAGUUUGUUGAGAUCCGCCUUGAGCAUCAUCCACGUUUCGGAUCCAUAAAGUAGAAUCGCCAGGAUCAGCUUCCGGAGAAGACGGAUUUUGGUCGGAAUGGAAAUAUUUGUUCGCUUCCACAAGCACCACUUUAGAGAAGCGAAUGCUGUGGUUGCUUAACCUAUUCGACUGUGGAUCUCCAUCGUGGACACGACUUUCUUCUGUUCAAUCAAUGAGCCAAGGUAAAAGGAAGCACUAUUAGGAACAAUGCAGGUGCUAUCCUGAGUUCUCUCUGUAAAGAGAGUAAGAGAAUAGGAGUACAGCUGGACUAUUCCAACUAAGAUUCACACUGGAGAGAAGCCGUAUUCAUCUGAAUGUGGCAAAUGAUUCAGCAAUAAAACAAGCCUUCAAGUCCACAGAAGAAUUCACACUGGAGAGAAUCCAUAUUGUUCAGAAUAUGGAAAAGGAUUCAUUAGCAAUUGCAUUAUUCAGGUCUAUGAAAGUACUUGCACAGAUUAGGAGCCAUAUUGAUCUGAAUGUGGCAAAUGAUUCAGCAAUAAAAUGAACCUUCAAGUCCACAGAAAAAUUCAGACAAAA